UUCGGCUUGACGCUCCGCGACGCGGCGCGCGCGUGCGUUACCGGGAGACCGAGAGAGGAUCCGAGGCUCCAGCUGUUCUAGAAUCGAUCGGGACGCGUUAUGGGGACGUUCGGGAGCGCCGCGGCCGUCCUGGAUGAGGAGGAGGAGGAAGAGGAAGAGGAGAAGAAGCGCAGGGAAGUUGAGCGUCUUCCUCCACUGCUCGAGGACGAGGAGAACGUGUCUCUGGCUGAUAUUCUGUGUCUGCGGGAAGGUGGGCUGUCGGAGCAGGAGUUGUGGGCGGUGUGUGUGGAGUGUGUGGUUCUCCAGAGCAUUGGCCUCUCUCCGCUCUUUCACACUCUCUGCGUUACGCCCGACACGCUGGCCUUCAACACUCACGGUAAUGUGUGCUUCAUGGAGCAGCUCAACGAUGAUCCUGACGGCCUGUUUUGUUACCCCAGCCUUUGUUUCUCUCUCUCUCAGGGUCACAUGUUCUCGUUAGGCUCCACCCUGUGGGCGGCGCUGGAUUCCGUGUCGGAGGCGGAGCUGCAGGUGGAGUUGAGUGAAGAGAGCAGGUGUUUGCUGAAGCAGAUGCAGCGAGAGAAACCCGAGGAUCGACCGCGACUCCAGGAUAUUGUCUCUCAGAGGCUGCUCGUGUGACGUAUCUCGCCUGCGGUCAUCUGCCGGAAACUCUCUGCGAUCGGCCGAAGAGUCCUGUCCAUCGAGUCCGUCGCUGCUCUGCAAGAUGGAUGGGAGAAAUCCCGUUUCCAGUUUCUGGAUCUCAAAGCCUCGAGAUCGAACUCCAUGGAGCAUCCCGCCGGCGAUCGGACCAUGAUGAGAAACUACUCCUCUGAUUCAUACGGCGGUGAGGAGCUGCUGCUGAAGCAGAGGUCUGGUCUGGUCGUCGGAGGUUCGGCCGAGCUUUCGCCCGGACAGCAGGUCUCAAGAACAGUUCUCCGGUGCACAGGAGAGUCAGGAGAAGAGGCCGGGAGAGCCAGGAGAGCCCUGAACCGCCCCUGCUCCGUCCCGGACUCCAACAACCCUCCGCUUGUCCCCAGGUCCCGCACCCAUCAGAUGAUGAUGGCCGACCUGUCCGAGAUCACGCGGAAGGAGCUGGAGGCGGGGAGCCUGGGCGGGCGGCCCAAACCCAGGGAUUCAGACUCGGAGGGAGAGGAAGAACCCGACGCAUGCGAGACGGAUCAGACUGAAGCUGCAGGUGCUCGAAGCCCCGCGUCAUCCGAAGACGGAGAAACUCACACAGACGCUGAAGUGCGCAGCUCCAACCUCGUCAACAGAACUAUGUUGUGCCUGAAUGAGGAAUCUCAGAAUCAGUGGAUCUCUUUGCGAGAGCUUCUCUAAGCUCUCUCUGCCAAGCCGUUCUCAGUCAGUGAGCUCUGGGCUUUAUGCUACAUGUGUCUCUCCACGCUACAGACCUACAUGACCUUCCCCGACUACCUGUGUCUGGACUCUGUGUAUGUGGGCUGUGAAGGAGAGAUGCUGUUUCUGAGACCUAAAAACUCAGCCUCCUGUGAUGCAUUUUUUCUGGCUCCUGAGUUUCAAGAACAUGGAAUUGUGACAGAAAAGGCGUGUGUGUAUGGGGUAGCAGCUGUUCUCUGGGCUACAGCCAAGUUUAAUUUGUCUCCCAAUCAAAAACUGGCCAUGCCGAGAAAACUCAAGAGGCUUCUGCUUGAGAUGGCCAAAAGAACUCCAAUCGAAAGACCAUCUAUUGAAAUGGCGAAAAAGUCUUGCCGUGACUACCUCUCCCGCCAAGGAACGAAUGCCGAGAGCGUGUGGACCCAGAUCAUCAGCCGAGUUCACCAGGCAUUCGAUGGGAAUAGAGAUACAGAGGAAUGGUCUUCUCCUGAGUGUGCUGAAAACCCAUCUGACCCACACUUGGGAGAAGUUAAGACAGGUUUUGUCCCGUUGGCCAGCGAGGGCCGAUUGGAGCCUGUAGCUGGUCCAGUUCCCCAUCAUUACCCAGAAUCCUCCACCAGCGUCAGACUGCCCGAGGCAUUUACGUCUCCUGCCACACACUUCAGCCCCAUAAUACUGACUCAUCACCCGCAGUCUGAGCUGAUUGUCAGUGGACGCUCUGAUGAGGACAUCAUGGAUGAAACGAUCCUGCGAGAGCCAGGUGAACAGGACGAGAGCGCCGCUGAGGAUGACGGGACGAGUGGUGUUUUCUCUGCCAGUUAUUCAUCAUCAUCCAGUUCUAAGACUCUUGUGGAUUCCUCUCCUCCAGCAACUCUUCAAAUAACCAAUCAAGAAACAGACAACCAGCCAAACGUCCCCGCCUUGUCUUGUGUUAAUGGGAUUUGUAACAACUUCCUGCUACAGCAAGACCCGCAGACAGGACGUCUGACCCUACUUCCUGUUCAGAUCGCCGUGCUUCAGCCAAUCACAGGCACGGAUCACUUCAGCUCAGAAUCACCAAACAAGAAGCCACCGAAACCUUCAAAGGACAGUGUGAGGACUGAAAGCGUCUGUGCAACCCACAGAGACUCGACAGUGUCUCCUGAAAGUCCAGUGGCAGAUAUUAUAGUUCAGCCUAACUCUGCGCCUCACUGUAUGAAUCUCAGCUGCUCACACUCACGUCAGAGAGGCUUGUGUCUGCAGCACGUCACUGAGCUGCUCAGAGAAGAGUUUGCUUUUGAUGGCCACCUGGAGAAUGGAGUCCAAGAUCUGGCUAUGGGAAAAUACAUCUUCUCUUUAAAAACCCUCCAGUUUGAGACCUUUUGUCGAGCGAUAACAGAGAAGUUCAGUGAUCUGCACUGGGAUCAGAAGCUGCUGUGUGACCUGCACCGUCUGAUCAACCAGCACUCGUGCCGACGUGUCUCUGAUGAACAGCCCUCCUCAGAGGCAGUGCAAAGGGCAGCAGCGUCGCUCCAGAGCACCAGACAGUGUCUGUCCAGCGAGGAAAACGAUCAUCCUGACCACAAUGCAAACCUCUGGCCCUCAGAUCGAAGGGUCCGGAUACGAAACCAGCUGAACGAGAUCAUGAAGGAACCGGAAUGCAAACCAAAUGAGCUUAAAUACAGAGAAAUAGCAGAUGGACAAAACCUGGAGCAGACGGGAUCUGAGACCAGGACCGCAUGCUGGAGACGAGACACACAGGAAGUGACAUCAGAGGAUGACAACAAAGAGCUGAAUGAGCAGAUGGAGCUGCAGUGCGGCGCGCCUCCAGACGGUGGUGCUGGCGAGUGUGUUUGUGAUGCUGAAGCGCUGGAGGACAGCGGCGGCGCCCGGAUCACUCCCGACGGCUCGGAGCUGGACAUGGACGACUGUGACUCUCUGAUCUCUGAGCGGAUGCUCUCGGUCUGCAGCGACCCUCAGCGGGCCCCACGCGGCUCCUCCUGGGCUCUGGCUCUGUAUGGAGAUGAAUGCUUCAGUCCGGACGUGCUGGAGUACGCGCAGAAACUCAGCAGUCACAGCGAAUCUCCCACGCUGGAGGACAAAUCACAGGACCCACAUUUCAUGCAGCCAGAAUUUCUCCAGGAGCUGCACCAACAGCUGAUUAUUGAGAGCAGAAAUCUGAAAAAGACCAGAACUUUCUACCACAAGCUGAUACAGCAAGAGAGGAAAAAUAAAGGUUCAGACAUGAAGGUGAUGGUGUCUAAAGUCAAGCAGCAGUUUGACGAGCUCAGAGCCAAAGUUGAGUUUCUGCAGUCUGUCAAGAAAUAUCUCCAGGUGUUGUCCGUGGAUCAGUGGGGUUUAGCGCUCUCUCUGCUGCCCUCUCUGGCUGCGUGUGGAGCUGCGCCUCUGGAGCUGCAGCACUCAGAAGAUCCUACGCUUCUGCACUUCCUGUGUGAGCAGCGCCGGGGCAAAGGCUGCCCUCUAGUGGCUGCGACCGCCAGAGGCCUCAUUGCCUACCUGUACGCCAGGAAUGCUCACGCCGAGGGAUUUGUUCAGCAGUUUUUCUACACGUAUCGCUACUUCUGCACCCCGGAGGAGCUUCUGCAGUUUCUUAUGGACAAAUUUAACAGUACACUGGGAGCAAAUGAAGAUCCCUCAUCAGACAAAGCCAAAGUCUAUCAGCGCACUCUGGAUCUGUUACACUUCUGGAUUGAAGACGCACAGUUAGUGGACUUCAGCUCGAGCUCCAGCCUCCUGCAGACUCUGGACGCCUUCCUGACCGCUGAGGUCGCACCGGUUGACAGUCAAGGAGCAGGUUUGCUGGCGACGCUUCAGGCCUCGCCCAGGAUGAGGCGCGUCUGUGUCCCGUCGUGUGCGUUUGACGCCUCCAUCAGCAGCCCAGAAGACGAGGAGAAGCUCUCAGUGAACUCAUGCAGGAGAUCAUCCAUCGAAGAUGCUGCUCGAAAGAGUUUCCAGUGGCGUGUGUCGCGUGUGGUGGAGCCUCAGACGGUCCAGUGUAAAGAGAAAGUGUUCUCCAUCGCCGCGGCUCUUCCACGGCCGUGUUACGCCUCUCUGAUGAGCAACAGCAGUCUGAGAUCAGAGGAGAGACGUCCCUUCAGCCAGAGCGAACACACACCGCUGCACAUCGCACAGCAGCUCACUUUACUGGAGCAGGAAAUAUUUCAUGACUGUCAUCCGGUUCACUUUCUGAACUCAAGAGCUCACGGAGUGACAGAAAAUUCUGGAAACAUUUCCAGGUGUGUGUCUCCAGCCUCCUCGCCUCUAGAGGGCAGCGGUCUGUUGGUCAGUGACGUGUCGGGGCCCCGGGGCCCGCUGCAGAGGCUCCUCACACACGCAGACUGUGUCACUAACUGGGUUUCUGCUGAACUGGUCACCUGCGACUCGGUCAAGGCACAGACGGCUUUACUCGCUCGCUUUCUAGCCGUUGGCAAGUACUGCUACGAGACGAGAAACUUCGCCACAGCUAUGCAGAUUCUGUCGGGGCUGGAGAACGUGAUCGUGAGGCAAUUACCGGCGUGGAAGCAGCUCUCGCUGAAGGUGUGCGAGGCUCUGGAGGAGCUCAGGGCCGUGCAGGUCUUUCUGAAGAGUGAUAAUCUGUGUCUGAUGGAGGGAGAGAAGGACAGACGGCGGCCGACUCUCCCAGACGCCCUCAUCCUGGCCCUUCACAUCCAGCAGCUGGAGAUCGGAGCGUUUACCAUGACCAGCGGAGCAUACAAGUGGCCCAAACUGAGGAACAUCGCGCGUGUGGUCAGUCAGAUCCACGCGUUUCAGGAGCGUCUCUAUCCCUACCCUCCCGACUGUGAAUUGAGGGGUUACUUGGUGUGCGACUCUUCGGCGGUUGUGGGAUGGUGUGAUAUCCGGCUGUUCGACUACCGAAUAAACUUCAGCCAGAUGCCCGCCACUCGCCGGAUCCACGACACGCUGCGCCGCGUCAAAGCGUCUUUCCAGUGACCGGCACAGAUGUGGAACGCCGCU